AUGACAAUGCUCUCUUAUCUAGAAUACCUAGUGACAAAUACCCCCGGUGCAAUAAUUAAGCGGACAAAUAACAGUUGGGGGAAGCAUAAGCCCGUUCUCCUUAUCAUUCACGGUGCAUGGCAACAUCCGGCAUACUACCAGACUUUCAUUCAAGUCUUACAAUCGCGUGGUUACGAAACUUAUUGCCCACGUCUACCAAGCUGUGGUGGUCAGAUCCCGCCCACAAAGUCACUCGAGGACGAUGUUCGCUUCAUCCGUAAAAUCGCUGCUGAGCUCACGGAUGCCGGUAGGCUAGUCGACGUCAUCAUGCAUUCAUACGGAGGUAUAGUUGGCACGGAUGCACUUUGCGGAUUUGGCAUCAACGACCGGUUUAAACGAGGUACUGUUGGCGGAAUCAGGAAUUUGAUAUAUUUGACCAGCUUUGUACCCCAUAAAGGCCAGAGUUUGGUAGGCAUCUUUGAGGGCCAAUCGUUACCAACUGUCGAAAUCAAUGAACAAACAAAACUCAUAUCGGCUACCAGCCCAAUUCCCAUGUUCUUCAAUGAUCUCCCCGACGAAGAAGCAGAAUACUGGGUGAAACAGAUGGUCGUCCACCCACAUUCGGCGCAUGCUACUCCUGUGGGCAAUGAAGCAUUUAGAGAACUUCCAGUAACCUACAUUAUUUGCGAGAAUGACAAGGGUAUAUUACCUGAGGUGCAACAAAUGAUGAUUGAUAAGAUUAAGGCUGUUGGUAUUGAAGUGCGUGUCGAACGAUGCACCGGAAGCCAUAGCCCUUUCCUCAGCAUGCCCCAUGGUACGGCCGAUAUUAUCGAUAAAAUUUCCAGGCCUUGA